CUUCGGGAUUUCAGACCUCACCUGGCCAGAAAUUUUUCCACCUUAUCUAUAAUCUCUCUAGGGUAUCAAAAUAAAAUUGUACUUGAUAAUAACAGGAAUCAGAUGGGACAAAAUGGGAUACUUAUUGAUUCCAGAUGCUUCAAUGGUGACAAAUGACAUGACCACUUUAUGUUUUUAUUCUAUAUUGUCUAGUUGCUUAGAAAAUUGGCAGGAUUUUGGCAUCAUUAAAGCUCAGUGACAAGUGUUAGUACAAAGUUGGAUACAUGCUCCGGCAACUGAUCCAAUAGUCUCUCCUCAAACUUAUCAACCAGCUUGUAAGACUAUUAUCUGUUAGUACAUUGAUUUAUCCGGCGUUCAUGAUUUCCUAGAGAGGCUAAUCUGCAAACCUGAGUUGCCCUGGAAUAAGCAUUUCUAUGUAAAUUUAAUGGAUUCAGCUACAUUCAAAGCCUUUUAGAAAAAUUUUACCUGCCAUUCUUAUAGUAGUGAUCUACAAACUCCAACAUAGAAUGCCUCCAAGUCCAACACCAGAGGCACCACUUCGACUUGAAAACUAUUCGCAAUGGAAUGCAUAUGUGAUCGGUCCGGUUAUUGCUGUCUGCAGUUCUGUUGUCUUGUUCAGCUACUACAGAAUGCUACGCCGACUUUGCUGCACACUGAAUACUCAAACUUUACCCAGAAACAGAGCUCAAAUGAGUCGAAUAAAUCAGAAUAACUUGGAAGAUUCAUCAUUGCAGAAUUACAGUCAUGGACUGGAAUCGAACAUCAUGCGCUCUCUACCGAUCUCUCAGUUCAAGAAGGAAGAAGAAUCCGAAGCAAGCAACAGGGAAUGCGCUGUUUGCUUGGGGGAAUUCGAGGAAGGGGAAUGGCUGAAACAUCUGCCUAACUGUGCUCAUGUAUUUCAUGUUGCCUGCAUAGACACUUGGUUUCAGACUCACUCAAAUUGUCCUCUUUGCAGGUCUCAUGUCUAUGAUCUAUGUCAUGAAUAUUCUAUUUCUAUGGACACAUUGCUUCACACUCUAAGAAGGGAAGACUUUUUCAAUGAAAGAGCAGAACAUUACCAAAACCUACGUUCUGAGAUACUUAGAAACUCCAUACCUGCGACUGAGGAAAUUGGUACUGGACUGGUUUCAUCCCGUCAAGUCCUUGAGUAAGCUUUCAUGCGGGAAGCUAAGAAGCUGAUGAUGAUUUACACAAUUCUGUUGAUUAGAAUGAAGAUGGGUUCCAUUGGCAACUCAAUAUCUAAACAGUAAACACAAAGCAUCCCAGCUUUUGGCACAUAAAAGAAGCUUUGUUUUGGGGUAGAAGAAACAGAUAAAUACUAGAAAAUUUAUAUUGUAUAUUC